AUGAAAACAUCUUCAGUCUCAGUUAAAAAAAGAAUAAACAGAGGUAAUAUCACCUCAGACGACCCUGAAUUCGAGAAAUAGGUAUUGAAAAUGGAUAUUCAGGAGUCUAAUGUGAAGAAAAAAGUGAUGAACAAGCCAACUUCAAAUAAUAAUAAUAGAUUGAGUGCGUAGGGGACUAAAUCACCCAAUACUUCUUAAUAUCUUGGUGUUCCUGAUAGCAAGAAUUAUAGAUCUAGCUCAUCAAAUAGCAAUUAUGGAACUGCUACUAUUUAUGAUGAAAAUUCAGCAGCAAAGCAAGCUUUUGAAAAAUUAAUUGAAAGGAAUAACAAUUCAUUUUUAUCUGAAAAUAGUCCCAAACCAAUGCGAGAAGUGCCAAUGCAGCACCUAUAUGAUGACAAUGUCCGAGACGUUCAGAAUGAAAUCUAAAAGCAAAGGUUGGAAAUCAUUCCCUCUGUUACCUUCUUGGAUGAAACUAUUGCUGAUAAUUAUAUAUACGAGAAUGAGAACACAAACAAGCCAGUUCUUACCUAAGUUAUUGAAUGCAAUGAAUACUAUCAAAAGACUGUUAUGUUUGUUGAAACUAGGCAGAGAAGUUUUCAUAAUAACGACUCUCCAACAAUGAAGAAAAGUCUUUUAGAAAAGCAUCACUAGGAGUUUAUGGUCAAGAAAAGAAAUUUGUUGCAUACUUAAGCCGAUGAAGUUGCUGAUGGACUAAGAGUAUAAUAAGAAGAGUCUUAUUUAGAUUGCAAUGAACUUCUCAAAUAAGUUGAGCAAAUUGUUAAAGAUAAUAUAGCACCAUUAAAGCAAAUUGAAAUCGAGAAAAAUUACACAAUCAAGGGAUUUAAGUCAAGAGAGAACGAGAAAAAUGUACUAAGAGAUAAAAUUAACAUUGUCUAGAAUGCGAACAUUAUUUAAAAUUUAGCCAAUGAUGACGAAGUUGAUUACAGACCAAGUCAACAAUUAGAGGAGCUAGAAAAUGAAGUCUAAGAUCUAAGUAAUAAGAUAUUAAAGAAGCAAGUAGUUAUGGAUAGAAAUGAUAAACAAUUUAGUCAAUCGUAAACCAAAGAUUCCCUCUAGGAAUACCAGGAAUGCCAAAGAGUAAAGGAACUGGAAUUAAAUGAGCAGACCUAAAACUUAAAGAACUCUGAGUUUUAAAUUACUGCUUUUAAUAUUGAAAUCUAAAGACUCAAUAGUGUCCAAUAAAAACUAGAAGCUGAAACCUUGGGAUAAUAAAUCAGACAAUAUGAAUAAACUUAAUUAAUGGCACUAAUGAAAGAAGAAAUAUUCUAAUAUUAAUCAAUUUAUGACAAACAAAUCCUUUUGUAAAAAUCAGAAAUAAGGGAUAAGUUAAAAUAAGUUGAACUGCUUCAACAAAAAGUCUAAAAUUUAGAAAGAGAUAAAUUGCUAUAGGCCAAAGAGCUAUCAAAUAAAGCUAGCUAGAAUGACACCUAGUAGUUAGAGCGAAUAUCGGAGAGAAGCAAUGGUCAAGAUGUUUCUGAUAUUUUAAGUGAAAUAGAGGACAUAUUACAAUUGAAAUUUGAUAGCCUUUAUCCAAAGGUUGAGAGUGAACAAGGGGAAUCCUACGAGUCUAGAGAAUAUGAAGACAAAAAGGAACUAGAUAGGAUAGCCAUGCUGCAUGAAAACAUAAAGGAGAAAGAAUGUUACAUAGAAAAUGUGGAUUAAGACAAUGAGAAAAUAUCAUAGAGCAUUGACUAGACUCAGAAUGAGAUAUUUAGAUGCAACAUUAUCAAUGACCUCAAUGUAGUUAUCUAAACUGAGAAAAAUCAAUGUGAAAAAUGCUUAAGAGGUAUCUAUGACGACUAUGAAAAGCUGAACUAGAUAAAUGAAGACUAGCUAGGCUUACUAGAGACCGAGAUAUUUGCUUAAAGCAGUGAAUUGAUAAAAGAUCUGUCUCUGAAUAAUUAGAUUAGCAAAAAUGAUAUCCUUAUAAAAUAGAAGCUUGAGUAAAUUAUGCUUGCAGAGGCUAAAUUGAAUGUAAAGAAAAAUGAUCAGAAGUAGUUGGAGUAGCUUUAAAGAAAGAAAGAUGAAAUUAUAGCUGAAUUAGAAUCACUAGCUGGAAAAGAUAAAAAAGUUAUUAAAGAAGUAUUUGUAGAUAAAGUUAGAGAUAACAAAGUGGAUGAUGUAGUUUAAAAUAUUAUAACCUAGGGGUGUCGUGUGCCCAUACAUAAAAUCAGUGAAAACUAUUACUAAUUUGGCUCUAGGAAAAUAUAUGUGAAGUAUGAUGCCCAACUUAGAGAUGUUAUGGUUCGUGAUAAGGGAGGAAGGUAUCUUGAAGUCAAUUAGUACAUAAGGGACAAUGAAGAUACUGAAGCACUUAAAAUGGGACUAUAAUAUCAAAGCUAGAAUAAUGAAAGCAUGAAUAGCAAUGGGAAAUAUGAUAGAAAUUUUAAAGGAGAUAAUAGCGAAGGUAUUGAGAAGCCUGUGCACACCGCUAAGAUAAAACUUGAAGUUCAAUAUAGAUCAAAUAAGCUGCAUUGA